UUUUAUGAUCAAUGCGAUAAGCCCGAAAGAUCGAAAGCGACGCGUUUCCACCUUGACGAGUAGUUCUGAUUUUAUCCGGAUUCCACCGCCCAAUUUGUUCUGCAAGCCUGUAACAGGUAGAGAAUUCUGGUAUUUACUGGUGUCAUUUCCUUGUUUUUUCCAAACAGGCAAGCCCGUGUCAGCUGGAGAGUUCUGGGACAUAGUUGCAAUAACAGCAGCUGAUGAACAACAGGAAUUUGCUUACAAGCAACAGCUGUCAGAAAAGCUGAAAAGAAAGGAGUUACCCCUUGGAGUUCAGUAUCACGUUUUUGUUGAUCCUGCUGGAGCUAAAAUCGGAAAUGGAGGAUCAACACUUUGUGCCCUUCGAUGUCUAGAAAAACUGUAUGGAGAUAAAUGGAAUUCUUUUACCAUCUUGUUAAUUCACUCUGGUGGCUACAGUCAACGACUUCCAAAUGCAAGUGCUCUGGGGAAAAUUUUCACUGCUUUACCACUUGGUAAUCCCACUUAUCAGAUGUUGGAGUUAAAACUAGCCAUGUACAUUGAUUUCCCCUCACAUAUGAAUCCUGGGAUUCUGGUUACCUGUGCAGAUGAUAUAGAACUUUAUGAUAUUGGAGAAUCUGAGUUUAUUUGCUUUGACAAACCUGGCUUCACGGCUUUAGCUCACCCUUCUAGUCUGACAGUGGGCACCACACAUGGAGUCUUUGUCUUAGAGCCUUCUGAUUGUUUAGAACAUAGAGACCUUGAAUACCGGUCUUGCCAUCGUUUCCUUCAUAAGCCUAGCAUAGAAAAAAUGUGUCAGUUUAAUGCUGUGUGUAGACCUGAAAAUUUUGAUCAGCAGGACUUUGCUGGGGCUGACCCUGCUUGUCUUAAAUUAGACUCUGACUACGUGUACACAGAUAGCCUAUUUUACAUGGACCAGAAAUCAGCAAAAAAGUUACUUGAUUUUUAUGAAACAAUAGGCACGCUGAACUGUGAAAUAGAUGCCUAUGGCGACUUUCUGCAGGCUUUGGGACCCGGGGCAACUGUGGAGUACACCAGAGACACAUUAAAUGUCACUAGAGAAGAGUCAGAAUUGGUUGAUGUGAGGCAGAAAAUAUUUCAUCUUCUCAAAGGUACAUCCCUAAAUGUUGUUGUUCUUAAUAACUCCAAGUUCUAUCACAUCGGGACAACUGAAGAGUAUUUGUUUUAUUUUACUUCGGACAACAGUUUAAAGGCAGAGCUUAGCUUGCAGUCCGUAACUUUUAGCAUCUUUCCAGGUGGAACAGAGUGCUCUGGUAAAACAUCCUGUGUCAUCCAAAGUAUCCUGGACUCAGGAUGUUCUGUGGCCCCUGGCUCCGUUGUGGAGUAUUCCAGGCUGGGGCCUCGUGUCUCAGUUGGCGAAAACUGCAUCGUCAGUGGUUCCUGCAUCCCAACAAAAGCUGUCCUGCCUGCAUCUUCCUUUGUGUGUUCCUUAAGCCUGAAGAUGAAUAGAUGCUUCAAGUAUUCCACCAUGGCAUUUGGAGUCCAAGACAACUUGAAAAGGAGCGUUGCAACACUGUCAGAUGUAAAGUUACUUCAGUUCUUUGGAGUCUGCUUCCUGUCGUGCUUAGAUACCUGGAAUCUUAAAGCUACGGAGGAAAUGUUUUCUGGGAACAAGGCAUGUCUGAGUUUGUGGACUGCACGCAUUUUCCCAGUUUGUUCUUCUUUGAGUGAUUCAGUUACAGCAUCUCUACAGAUGUUAAAUGCUGUUAAGAAUAAGUCAACAUUCAGCCUGAAUAGCUAUAAGCUUCUGUCCAUUGAAGAAAUGCUUAUCUACAAAGAUGUAGAAGAUAUGAUAACAUAUAGAGAGCAGAUUUUUCUAGAAAUUCGUUUAAAAAGCAAUUUGAUUUAGAGAUACCUUGAAAACUGUAUACUUUGCCUUUGAGCAACUUUCAAAUAGGCAUUUCUGUAGGCCUUUAUUUUUUGUGUGUUUGUUUCACUGACCUAAAUAAAUCAAAAUUGUAUUAACAUAAUUGCUGUAGCAAAACAAUAACACAAAAAUGCAGACAAAUAGCUUUUUGUUGUAAGAAUAUUUCAAGACUAAGUUUAGAAAAGAGGUAGUCAUUUGGUGUUUAUUACUAUCUUGAUUUUCUUUUUGGUGAUGAGUUUGUGGAAUGUUGUUUUUUUUGCACAAUAAUCAAGUAAUUUUAAAGGUAAUUUUCUAAACAUACCUUUAGAAUUUUCCAUCUUCUUUUGAGCUUUGGUUCCAAUAAGGUUCUAUGUAUUGACAAUUCUCUCUUCAAAUAUAGUCCUGUUUUGAUAAAGUGAUAAAAAUGGCACACUGUAUCAUCAAGUUACUGUAGAAAUGCUGUAGAAAUACUUUUUCAGAAAUAAACUUAUAGUUGACAAUUUCAGAUUAGAUCAUUGCUUAAUGUGAUUAUGUUAGUUUGUAAACAACUAGAAACAAAGAGCCCUGAAACUAAUGAUAAAAUUUGUAUCUCAUUUAUUGAUCUUAUGAAAAUGAAACAAAUUUCAUAGGCACACUGAACUGUGUGUGUUAUCCUUAAGUUUGAACAUGUGUUUGUAUAUUUUACAUUUUUUCUAAAGUUCUGUAGGAAAACACAGAAGUGCGUGAGAGUGUGUGUGCAUGCAUGUGUAUAUACACGCACACACACACAAAACUCAGUUAUCUGUGGGGAGGAUAGUAGGCAUAAUUGAGAUUCAUUGAUAACCAUAUAAUUUUAACUGCAGAUUUUACUUUCUUCCUCUCCUAUUAACCCUGAUAACAAAACUGUUAAAUUACCAAAUGGACUGAUUUUACUUUUCAAUUCUUAUUUUCUUUCUGCGUACUGUUGAUGCUGAGAAGCAGUAAUUGGCUAAAAUGUGACAGCAGGAGGUAGGCGGAAGAAUAGAAGCACUAAGAUAAUACACAGAUGAUAAACAGCUUCAAGAAAAUUAAAAUUGGCUGGAAUCCCAAGUUAUGUAUUCCUAUUUUGGCAUAAGCACAUAAAUGAAAUGUCUUCAUAUUAAAGUUUAAUAAUUGAUUGGAAACAAGUUUUGUCAGAUUUUUGUGUUGUGAAUUAAUGUAAAUUGAUAUAAGAACUAGUCUCUGCUACUGUUAUUUAUAUAUUAACAUAUCGGUAUAAAAAUAAUUGGUAAACUAGGAGUGACUUGUCUGCAACCCUCAAUUAUGAUACAUGUUUGUGUGUGAGUAGGUUCUUCCCAUGGUAACAUAAAAAUACAUGGUAGAUAUUUUUUAAUGUUUAUUGAUUUGCUUGCCGAGAUUUCAGAGGAUGUUAAAGAGCUAUCAUUCAUUAAAUGCUCAAAAUUGUAAUUUGACCUAAUCUGAAGUGCCAUUGGUUACAGGAAUUGCCAUUAUUUUAUGUUUCACUACAAAAAGUAAAAGCAUUUAUCAAUAAAAUAUGACAGUGCCUUUUUUAUCAGUA